UCGAUGCACUGCAAGAAAACGGUGUCGCUGCUCCGUCUUCUACUGCAGACUGUAGGUUGUCUUUAUAGAGUAUGAACUAGUUUUGUUUUUCACGUUUGAUUCAAUUGAUUUGGAUGCCAUUCACAGGACUAGCCUAGCUAAGUGCAAACUGUCAUUGAGUCCAGCAUGCCGUACCAGUACAAGAAUGACAUGCGCAGAAAUAGAGGCGGUCCCUAUAAGACCAAACCCGCCACUGAUCUCACGAGGUGGAGACUAACCAAUACAGAAGGGCGGCAGGUCUGGCAGUAUUUUACGAAAGAGGAGGACUUGCCCAGAGAGCAAACCUGUCUUGAGAAGCAUUCUCUUGGACUUGAUACGAGUGCUGAGGCCCCACCCCUUCCCAAGGCAGAGAAAGCACAGGAUGCCGCCAAAAAUGGGAUGACAUUCUACUCGAAGAUGCAGGCUGAGGAUGGUCACUGGGCAGGUGACUAUGGUGGUCCUCUUUUCCUCAUGCCCGGACUCAUCAUUGUGUGCUACAUAACAAAAACUCCAUUUACUGAAGCGCAACGUGUUGAGAUGAUCCGCUACCUGAAGUCUGUGACGUGCCCGGAUGGCGGCUGGGGCCUCCACAUCGAGGGUCCUCCCACCGUGUUUGGCUGUGCCCUCAACUACGCGGCCUUGAGAAUGCUGGGACUUCCCGCAGAUGACCCAGACCUGGUGCGAGCCAGAGAUCUGUUACACAAACUAGGCGGAGCAAGUGCAAUCCCCUCCUGGGGCAAGUUCUGGCUGGCCGUGCUCAACUGCUACAGCUGGGAGGGUCUCAAUUCUCUUUUCCCGGAGAUGUGGAUCUUGCCGACAUGGCUCCCCUUCCACCCGUCCAAGCUGUGGUGUCACUGUCGUCAAGUCUACCUGCCCAUGGCUUACUGUUUCGGACGCAGGAUUUCUGCCCCGGAGGAUGACCUCAUCAGGAGCCUGAGAAAAGAGCUGUUUGUUGAAGAUUUUGACAAGAUCAACUGGCCAGCCCAGAGGAAUAAUGUCUCCUCAGCAGAUCUGUAUAGUCCGCACGCCAUCAUUCUAGACAUAGCUUACACCAUUUUGAACAUAUAUGAAAAAGUGCAUCUUGGCUUUCUGAGGAAAUGGGCUCUUGCAGACAUGUACGACCACAUCUCAGCUGAUGACAGAUUCACAAAGUGCAUUAGUAUUGGUCCGAUUUCCAAAGUGAUCAACAUGGUGAUUCGAUACCACGAGGAAGGACCUACAAGUAAAGCUUUUAUGCUUCACCAAGACAGGGUGCAGGACUACCUAUGGAUUGGUCUGGAUGGUAUGAAGAUGACAGGCACAAAUGGAAGUCAGUCGUGGGACACGUCGUUUGCUGCCACAGCGUUCUUAGAGGCCGGGGCCUACAAGUAUGAGGAGCUGAAAAAGUGCUUGACUGCCUGCCAUGACUUCCUGCGUAUCACACAAGUGCCUGAGAACCCUCCGGAUUACAAGAAAUAUUACAGACAACGGAAUGAGGGAGCCUUCCCCUUCAGCACUCGGGACUGUGGCUGGAUCGUGUCUGACUGUACGGCCGAGGGGCUCAAAGCUGUCAUCAAGCUUGAGGAGAAAUGUCAAAUCACAGAAGCUGUUCCCAAACAGAGAAUCUACAGGGGAAUUGAUGUGCUGUUGGAGAUGAGGUGUGAUGACAACGGUUGGGCGACGUAUGAGGACAAGAGAGGUGGUGUUCUCCUGGAGGUGCUCAAUGCCUCUGAGGUUUUUGGUGACAUCAUGAUUGACUACACGUAUGUGGAGUGUACCUCAGCCUGCAUGCAGUGUAUGACCACCUUCACCAAGGCCCACCCUGAGUACAGGAAGGACGAGAUCCAGGCGGCACUGACCGGUGGGCUGGACUACGUGCGGGGGAAACAAAGGCCCGACGGGUCGUGGGAGGGCUCGUGGGCCGUGUGCUUCACGUACGGCGCCUGGUUCGCUCUGGAGGCGUAUGCCUGUAUGGGACACGUGUACGGAGGAGGAGAAGGGCAGGACAGCGGCAAAGUGCCGGAGGAGGUGGAGAAGGGCUGCCAGUAUUUGCUGAGUAUACAGAUGGAGGAUGGAGGCUGGGGCGAGAAUUUUGAGUCGUGUGAGAAGAGACAGUACGUGCCGAGUGAGACGUCGCAGAUCAUCAACACUUGCUGGGCCCUCCUGGCUCUCAUGGCUGUCAAAUACCCCGAUGUGGAGGUUCUGGAGAAGGGCAUUAAGCUGAUCAUGUCUAGACAGUUGGAAAAUGGAGACUGGCCUCAGGAAAACAUCAGCGGUGUGUUCAACAAGUCGUGCGCCAUCAGCUACACCAGCUACAGAAAUGUGUUCCCAAUCUGGACCCUGGGACGCUUCGCCAACUACUACCCACAGAGCAGUCUAGUCAAAAGUUGAAGCCGAUUUACACUCUCGGCUUUGAUUUUUUUUUUUUUGUCUUGUCUUGUCUACGAAAAAACAGACUGGAUGAAUAUAUGUACCUGUAUGAAAUAUAUGUUAUAGGUCUGGUCUGUCUCUGCUUGUGGUUUGUGUCAAGUUUGUGUAGGCCUCACCGCCUUUGCCAUGAGAUUUUAAAGUGUGAACAUGAUCUCUAACUCUUAUGUUGUACUUUUGGGGGGAGGGUGGGGGGAGAAGGAGGAAGGAAGGAAGAGAGAGAGGAGAGGGUAUGUGUUUGUGUGUGUGUCAUAUGUCCCACGAGUAUGGGAGGUCUACAGGUCCUUCUCAGGAAAUUUGUUUGCUUUGUUAUUUUUAGUCCCACUGUUGACUGCAGAACAAUAAUUGUGAAGAUGCUGCUACCUGUGGCAAGCUGUGUUUGUGAUCCUUACAGGUUGCUUGCUAUUAUUUGAUAAUAAUAAUAAUAAUACUAAGUGGCAUUUGUACGGGACAUUUCCAUUUCCCCACUCACCGGCGAGCUCUUUGCGCUUUACACUAUAUUAUUUCCUCUACUUUUCUUUCUUUACCAUGCAAACAAGGUCUAUAAAUUGUCUUCCUCCUUGGAUGUGAAAGGUUAUCAUUAGUUCAUGAUGAAUGAACUAUUAAUUUAUUAGUAUUGACACUUGAAUGACAAUUCAGAGUAGUAUAAGUAUUCUAAGAUGGGAGUGAAUUAAUAUUCCUACUAAUGAGAAGUGUUCCUGGAUGUGUGUUCUGAAAACUUUUCUUUCACCACUCUGUCCUUGAAAGAAUAAGAAAGUCUGGGGGAGUUUUUCUGAUGAUUGGACCAAGGUGCUGAGCUAUUUGAAAAAAUGGCCAGUUCCUGCGUGAAGUGUUCAAUAUUGUCAUUCUUUUUGUGUCCAUUUGACUUAUUGCUUUUCAGUAUCAUAAUUUGUCUUUAUAUUAUUGUUUCCUGCUUUUUGUUGCCUUCCUACUUAUGUUUCAGAACUGAGAAGAUCUCUCACACAAUCCAUAAUGGUCCUUCAUUGCGUGCAAGGAAAGAGUAAAACACACAAACAGAAACUACAGAUGGAAAGACUCAAAGUCGGACCUACCGGUACCAGUGGCGCCCUCCAAACACCCUCAUUCUACUUAUGUUGUUUUAUUCUUAUUUUGUGAUGACUUUUACAUUUUGGUGUAGUUGUGAUACUUCGUGGUACGGAGGGCCCCUGGUUCGAAUCUUCUUUUGGGGUUUGCACUUUGAAGUCUGAGAGAUAAGUUCAUAAAUGCUCAUUUUGUUUGAAAAUGUUAACAAAUUAAUUUGUUUGUCCGUCGUACUUAUUAUGGACCAAUUUCGUUCAACAGAUGCUUUAAAAUAUUUCUUUCUUUCUAUAAUAUAUAUAUAUUAUUGUAAAAUAAGUCUUUGUAAGAACAGUAUUUGAUUUUCUACUUAGGGAUUUUCUUCAAAUCAUAGUUAGUCAGAAGUCAGUCAGAGGUAAAUUGGAUGUAUCAGCAAUAGGUUCUCGGCAAACACAGAAGUCAAGCCCUUAGAAUGACAGGGCGCAUGAGGCAUAGUUAUGAGUAAAUGGGAUUGAAAGAUUCACUCUUACAAACAGCUAAAAUGUUUUACACCUUGUUUGUCAAGUGUCAAACUGAUCAAAAAUACAGAUCUGAUUGUCUCCAGCCUUUGACACAGUGGGCAGGACAUCUGUGUCAGUGAUGUGUAGUGUGCUACUCCGUUCCGGUAUAAAAUAAAGUAGAGUUAGAACCCUGUCAGUCUAAGGGCGUGAAGUGUUUUCACAUUACAUUUAUGUAAGUUUUAUACUUUAUGCCUUGUAGUACCAGUAUAUAAGAACUCCUUGUCAGGUCUUUGUUCUGGAGAAAAGCAACCUUUUUAUUCUCAAGUUACGCUUCCUGUCCAGCUUUGCGUUUACUUUCCCAAUUCCGGGAUAUUCUUAUGUUAUAAAUGUUUUAUAUUCUUAAAGGACAAGAAGACUUAACGUGCAGACAGGGUAGAGUCUCUUUCCCCUCACCGGCAUCUUGCUCACUCCUUGCUCGCACCAAUUUGGUGAGAGGUGAAUUUAGUAUUUAGUCUACAGGAAAUAGGCCUAUGUUGCUGGCGUUAGAGUAGAGCCACCAACCUCGCCUAGCCCUCUCCCCAUAAACCAAAAAAUGUUUGGGUGAGAUAUUUUACGGCAGCACUUAAUUUCUCGCACCUCGCUUGUUGUACCAAAAUUGAUGUGUGGUGUGUUGGUCUUAAACUUUUAAACAGCGAAUUGGAAGUAAAUUUCUUACUUUAGGGUAAUGAUCAAAAGUUCCUCUGGUGACAUCAGUGGUUUUCGAAAGUUGGUUCUCCUCUCUUCCAAAUAUGGUCUGACUUGAGGAAGGGGAAGUUGAAAUAUUACAGAGGUCUAAUUCUUGUGUAUUUUAAACAUAGUUUCUCAUCUGAACGUACUUCAUCCAUUAAAUAAUGAUGUUCGCCAUAUAUGUGCGCGGCAUUGGUGGAUUUUGUGCAUCCAGUAGUGACCUCUGUUUUUAUUUCGAUUGCUCAACCAGAAUAAAUAAAAGAUCAUCCACUCCACUGAAGCACACGUUCUUCGGCCAUCCUGCAAACUGACAAUGAAUGGAGACAAAAGGGACAGGUCUCUACCCCGUCUCUGACAGGCCCCUCGCUAGUCCCAAAUGGUAGGGAGAACAAGUGGAGGGGACAGUGACUCUACUCUGUCUGUACCCUUAUAUAAUUUUUAAAAGGUUCUGAUACCGUGAAUUUAGACCUACCCUUUUUUAUUCACCUUGAAUUUGACAGACUUUUCAAGAACAACAUUAUCAUACUUUUUAAAGGAAAUUUAAACAGAUCUCUUGUUAUAUUUCCUUCAGACUUGUGCCAUUUAUUUGAAGUCAAACUUUGGACUACAGAUGACCAGAUGUUUUGUUUUAUGUGAUAAAAAAAAGUCAAAUGCCAAAAUACAAAAAAAAAUUC